ACUGAAGUCACGCGCUUUCACCCUCUCCCAUAGCUUUAUCGUUUCCCCCGCUUUCUUGAAAAUUAAUGAGGAAAAAAACAAGGCAAUAAAACAAGUUACUGUUUUGAAAAUGGGAAACGUCAGCAAUAAACGAUGCGUUUAGGCCAACUACAUGUAGAUCGACGCACGUGCGCAUCAGUUAAAAGUAAUGAAAUAUACAUUUAGGCGAGAUGGUUCUUCCAGUGAAAAGUUUUUCUCCAUCAUCUGACGCUCCGACACGCCGACCCUAACACCUCUUAUGCUCUUAUGCAAUGGCUGGUCAUAGAUUGAGGCGAAUUUUCGGAUUUGUACUGAUAGUCAUUUAUUUUAACAAGGGUUGGACAUCUGCUGGACGAGGAAGUCAAGAUAGUUGUCAACCAGUCGUUCAGGGUGAAAAGAUAAUACAUCAGAGGGUCAAAUACCAUGUCGAUGGCACACGGUCUUUUGGAAAGCCUGGAAAUAAGUCUAUACCUGUUCAACGAAAAUUUUGUGAAACCGAUGAGAAAACAAGUCCAUCACCUGGCAAACCAGUUGACUGCGCGGACAUCCAGGGUCGUGGGGCGAACGUCAGUGGUGUAUAUGCCAUAUACCCUGGGAAGUAUACCAAUGUGUAUUGUGACAUGGAGACAGAUGGGGGCGGUUGGACCGUUUUCCAACGUAGAAGAGAUGGUUCUGAGGAUUUCAACCGAAACUGGUCUGACUACAAGAUCGGUUUUGGAAGUGUCGCGUCCGAGCACUGGCUUGGCAACGAUAUGAUUCAUCGACUGUCGAGUCAGAGGAAUUACGAACUGCGGGUUGAUCUGGCAGGCUUCGAAGGGAAUACUCGAUACGCAAAUUACGGCUUCUUUCACAUUGGCAAUGAAACAUUACACUUCAGCCUGACCGCCAGCGGUUAUUCCGGUACCGCAGGAAACGGCCUUAGUUAUCACAACGGCAACGCGUUUAGCACACCAGACUGCAAGAAUAACCUUGGGUAUCAUUGUGGACGCUUAUACAGGUCAGGGUGGUGGUUCAAAAACUGCAUUAUAUCUAAUCUCAACGGGAAGUAUGUACAUGGUCAGAACCGAGACACUUAUUACCAUGCUUUCGGUAACGGUGUCGUGUGGAGCUCUGGGGAAAAAAGGUACUCUUUCAAGAUGAGCGAGAUGAAGAUUCGACCCAAUAAAGAUUCGACCCAAAUUUGAAGAGUUUUUUUUCCGUUUCGUCUUAUGCCAAUUCGUCCAAUAGCCAACUCGUCUACUAACAUUUGGUCUACCAUCAGUUCGUCAAAAAUCCACAUGGUCUGAUUACCAUUUCGUCCAAUCACCAUUUCGUCUAAUAACCAGUUGGUCCGAUAGCCAUUUUGGUCUAAUUGGACUAAGUGUCAAUCGUGUGAAAUGAAUGAAAAUGAAAAAAAAAAUAGACCAGCUGUUUAUAUGAGACGAAAUGUUCAUAGACGAAAUGGCCGUGAUUAGACGAAGUAAUGAUCGGUCCAAAUGGCCAUUGGACCAAUGUUGAUGGACGGAAUGGCAUUAGACUACAUGAUAUUAGGCCAUUUGGUGAAUGGACGAGUUGGCAGUAGACGAAUUGAGAAUUUACCAAUUGAAGAGCAAGAUCUAUAACUUAAUUUCUUCACUUGUUCUUAUCCAAGCAGUCUAAUUAAAAUUUCCCAAUGUACACGACUUUCUAGCUUCUCUAUGAAUGUUAGGCAAUGCAAUACUUCACCUACUCACUCAAAGAACACGGUUAUGAAAUAACCUUGGGGCUUGCUGUCUGUUAGGAUUGAGGUGAAAUGAGUUCGGCAAUGUUUGUCUUUAUGUUCUCUUGUUCUUGGGGACAAAAUGCUUGAUUUUUUUGACACUGUCAGUUUCCAUUACUCCCAUUCAUCGUAUAACUUCAUGAACUUGGCUCUGAGAUAACUUGACUUCUUUUAAUUAUUUUUUUUUCUAAUCAAAAAGAGAGAUUGUUCCUUGACAUUUCAGAAGCAACUUAACUUUCCACCAAUCAUGCCAUUAGAGGGCCUACAUAAACAAUGCUCAAAACUUAAGUUUUUGAGCAUUCUGGUGAAUUUAAAAAAAAUAUCCCCAACUUACAAAUGAAAAAUAAAUCACAACUAUAGGGAAAUAAAUAUUUUCCAUUACAAAAGUGACAUUUUAAAGAUUUUUAAGUGUGUGUUGUGUACUGCAUAGAACUUUCUGUAGAUUCCCCAUACUCAGGGUGAUUGCAGUGAACAAGUAACUUCACCCGAUUUCCAGUUGUGCUAAACCAAUGUCGUCUAAUACCCAAUUUUUUCGCUCCUAUGCCAUGUAUACAUGGUUUCUUCCAUCCUUUCUCUUCAGUUAACCCAUUGCCUAAUAGAACCAGGUGAUCCCUUUACUAAGUCUAUGGGAAUCACACAAUACCGAAGUCAACGGGUUAACUUUCAGCCGUAUUUCAUUUCACGCGUUUUUCAUUUUGUUCAUUCUUUGCCCUUAUUGGUACAAUUUGCCAAUUCGUUUUCAUGUUGUAUAGUAAUACAUGUUUAUUCAUAUAUCCUUCAAUGUUUAAACAUUUUCUAAUUAUUCUUUUUUGGUGUUUAUAUAAUACUUUAUAAUGUUGUGUAUGCACUGCCAGUGGAGGACAAAUUUCUACACUGCGAAAACUCCGGUGUUGAUUUAACACCAAUCCAGAAUCUAUAUUUGUCCACACCAGAGAAACUGGUGUUGUUUAACACUUCUCUGGUGAGGACAUAUAUAGAUUCCGGGCUGGUAUUAAAUCAACACCGGAGUUUUUGCAGUGUAUGUUUUUAACAUGCACCAAUAAAUGAAUCUCAAUUUUCGUCUGAAUGUGGUACCCGCGCAUCAUUAGCGUGUUCAAGUAAUUCACUGGCUGAAAGUAAAAAAUCGAAUUGAGCAUAAGUCUCUGACUAUCACAUUCUAAUGUCUCAAUGAUCAAGCUCCAUCAUACCUGUCAGACCUCCUAACAGUUCGCCAAUCAAUGUACAACACUCGGUCAUCAUCACAUAUCCCUCUUCACAUCCCCCGAACAUUAAAUUAGUAGGUGAUAGGUCAUUUUCUGUGUUUGCCCCCAAAUAUUGGAAUAGAUUACCCCAUAAACUUAGACAAUGUUCUUCUAUUGAUGUGUUUAAGAAGAUGCUUAAAUCUCAUUUGUUUCAACAUGUUUAAUAUAUUGCAAGUAGUGUUUCAUUUUGUGUAGUUUUGUUUUGAGUUUUCACCGAUUGUAUUUGUUUUGUCAUUUUGUACAGCGCUUUGUAACUUUUGAAAAAGCGCUUAAUAAGAAGUAAUUAUUAUCAAUUAUUAUUACAC